CUGGUUAUUUGUUCGCGUAUAUGAAAAGCUGUCCGUCUAUAGCGUCUACUACGAUCGAACGAAGUGAAGCCAUGCCAAGCUACAAACUGUAUUAUUUUAACGCCAGGGGUAGAGCCGAACACAGUCGUCUGCUCUUUGCAAUGGCGGGCGUGGAAUACCAAGACGUUCGCUACACUCGGGAGCAGUGGCCAGUGGAGAAAGCUUCAGGAAGAUUUCCAUUUGGACAGUUGCCAUGCCUACACGUCAAUGGCGUGAUGCUGGCCCAAUCUAAUGCAAUCGCUCGUUACCUUGCCAACGAAUUCGGCAUGGCGGGAAAGAACAAUCUGGAAAAAGCCAAGGUUGAUAUGAUAGUCGACGCAAUAGAUGACCUGGCACAAGCAAUGGUGAAAUUUUUUCAUGAAAAGGACGAGCAGAAAAAGGCCGAGGCCAAAGAUGAAUUCAAAACUAAAACUGUACCCAUUCUUUACGGAGCGUUGGAGCGACUAUUAAUAGCAAAUGAUGGCGGUGAUGGCUUCUUUGUUGGAGAAGAGCCGACAUUGGCAGAUUUUGCGUUUGUGACAAAUGGCGAUUACGUGAAGAAAUUUAACCCCGAGGUGUUGGACAAUUAUCCCAAACUCAAAGCUUUACAAGAACGUGUUUUUGAAUUACCUCGCAUUGCCGAGUGGGUGAAAAAAAGACCAGUGACCGAGAUGUAGCCUUCCAAUCGUUAGAGUUAGUAGUCCAGAAAUCCGGAAAUGUUGUGACGUAAUACGUUUGUGGCUGUAGACGCGAGAGGGCGUUUCGAUGUCGGCGACUUUUGAACUCGGAAACUGCCGCAAUGUUUUUCUUCGGUUAAGCCCCCAUAUAGCCACAUUGAUGUUCAAUAACUAUUUCUAUUUUGUUCAAUGAUAAUUAAUGCUCGUCGGUAGUCCAUUGAAAUAGCGCCGUAUGAAGGGAACUUUUCACCAAACUCAGGUUUCUCAACAGACUUGCUACCAGUACUCCACACAAACCAGAAACUGGGAAAUAUUUCCUACCAAGCGUCAACAACAAGAUAAACUAUUUUCUAAAUGCGGCAUGUAUUGUUAUGGUGAUAUGUGAUUAUAAAUAUGUAUUUUCUCACAAUGCGGGACGUUUUUAGUGAUACGUUGUAAUUCCCUUUGUGCCACCAUAUCACAUACGCACCCCGGUAUUUUAAUAAUGUAAUAUGUAAAUUGCUGAAACUAGAAUUUGCUGAGUGGUUGAAGUGUACAUCAGCCGAAAUGCAGGCAAUAUAUCUAUAUUAUAACAGAAUUAUAUAUAUCUUGGAGUUGUUUAUUUUAGUAGUUGUGUUUUUAUAUGUGAUGUGAAUAUUAUGUGAAGAGAAGAAAUAAAGUAUCAGGUCCGAAUAUUGGGAUAAAUA